UCUUCGGCGCUGCAAUCGCUACAACUGCAAGAAGCUAAGUGCCCCUCUAUUGCAGCGCCCUUCUUAGCAGCAUUUCACCAGCCGGUCGCGAAGUUCAAACUCGGUGUGUUCGCACAGAAGAUCCGAGUGAGUCGCAAGUCCGACGACAUGAUCGUGUGCGAGAGGACGCCGACCGCUCCGGCGCUGUGCGCUUUCGCGUUCUUACUCCUCGCGCUUUUGUGGGCGACGAUGCGUUGCGGAGCCGUGGUCCUGGGUCCGGACUACGUGCUCUUCGCCCGUCGCAUGGAAGAACCCGUGGUGACCGACGCCAUCUGCGUGCUCACCCCGUUCCGAGGAAGCAACGUCACCGGCGUGCUCAACUUUCAGCAGAAGGAAUCCGACGAAUUCGUGACCAUAACAGGCGACGUCACUGGACUAUCCCCGGGCCUUCACGGUUUCCACAUACACCUGCGAGGCGAUCUGACUCAUGGUUGCCUGAGCACAGGCCCCCAUUUUGACGUGGGACGGGGCAGCUGGCACGGAGCUCGUGUUGACGUCGUCCGACACGUUGGAGACCUCGGAAACGUCGAGGCCGAUUUCCGAGGCGAGGUUUUUUUCACCAUCAAGGACCGGCUGCUGUCACUCAACGGACCAAACUCCAUCGUAGGCCGGUCCGCAAUCAUUCACGCGUUGGAAGACGACCUCGGACGGGGCGACUCGCCGGACAGCCGCCUGACCGGCCGCUCUGGGAGCAUCGUCGCCUGCGGCGUCAUCGGCGUCACCCAUCCGCAAAGCCAAUAGAGAGCUUUAGUUUAAAGGACGCAAGCGGCUUGCGUACGCAAGAACUAGGGGCCACGCUACUGUGCAUGCGCUGACCCCUAUGUCCGGGUCUGCGCAUGCGCAAUACCGUCACCCGUAGUUUUUGCGCACGCAAGUCGCUUGCGUCCCCUAAACUAAAACUCGCUAAUAAGGCCACGCGCGCGAUGGUGUUCGUUCCCUGUACAGCAGAGAACGGAUCCCCGUUGCUUUUGUGGAGUCUGCUCGAGCGAAUCGCAUAGGCUCGAGUCUCAUCGACCCUGGCGCUUCGUUCGAGCUGCAACUGGAUUGUAAUUCAAUAUAUAACGACAGCAAAUAGAUGUUUAUAUAUCGUAUAAUUAUGUAAAUAAAGUACCACGUUUUGGGCUCCUUUCA